AUGUCUUCAAUCUUCAACGGCGAUGAAACUGCUCCCUUUUUCGGCUUCCUCGGUGCCGCUUCUGCCCUCGUCUUCUCUUGUAUGGGUGCGGCGUAUGGAACGGCGAAGAGUGGAGUAGGUGUAGCGUCGAUGGGAGUGAUGAGGCCGGAGCUGGUGAUGAAGUCGAUCGUGCCAGUGGUUAUGGCUGGAGUGUUGGGUAUUUAUGGGUUGAUUAUUGCUGUGAUUAUCAGCACUGGGAUUAACCCCAAGGCAAAGGGUUAUUAUCUGUUCGAUGGCUAUGCGCAUCUCUCUUCAGGCCUCGCUUGUGGCCUUGCUGGCCUCUCAGCUGGAAUGGCAAUUGGGAUCGUUGGCGAUGCUGGCGUCAGGGCUAAUGCACAGCAGCCAAAGCUUUUUGUUGGGAUGAUCCUCAUUCUCAUCUUCGCUGAAGCGUUAGCCCUUUAUGGUCUAAUCGUUGGAAUUAUUUUGUCUUCACGAGCUGGCCAGUCUAGAGCUGACUGA